GCAAUGGAAUUCAGAGCGAGUCGAUCCUUGUUUUCUGUCGUCACCUGAUCCGGAAGUCAGGUGAAUCCGAACCGAAGAGCUUCCAGACGCUGACCCUGCUCUGUCAGGGUUCAGUCCAGAGUUUGGAGCCAUGGUCUUCGAGUCUAUGGUUAGUGACCUGCUCAAUAGGUUCAUCGGAGACUAUGUGGAGAACCUGGACAAAUCUCAACUCAAGAUCGGGAUCUGGGGAGGAAACGUGGUACUGGAAAACCUGAGAGUGAAGGAAAAUGCUCUGAGUGAAUUUGAUGUUCCAUUCAAAGUCAAGACCGGACAGAUAGGGAAGCUGACGCUGAAGAUUCCAUGGAAGAACCUUUACAACGACGCGGUGGUGGCCACGCUGGACGGACUCUACCUUCUGGUUGUUCCUGGAGCCACUAUAAAAUAUGACGCUGCAAAGGAGGAGCGUUACCAGCAGGAGGCGAAGCAGAAGGAGCUGCAGCGCAUCGAGGAGGCCUUACAGAUAUCUGCGAAGCGAGCCAAACCUCAGGACGAGAAGAAAGACACGUUUAUGGAGAAGUUGGCGACACAGGUGAUCAAAAACCUGCAGGUGAAGAUCACCAGCAUCCACCUGCGCUAUGAGGACGACCUGUCAGAUCCACAGCGCCCCCUGUCUCUGGGAGUGACCCUGUCGGAGCUCAGUCUGCAGACAGCCGAUGAAAACUGGAAACCUUGUAUUUUGAACGAAGCAGCGAAGAUCAUCAACAAGCUGUGUCGACUGGAGUCACUCUGUGCGUACUGGAACGUCAAUGGACCCAUGAUUUACAAAAGUUCACGGGAAGAUAUUGUGGCGCAGCUCAAAUGUGGAAUCAGCAGCUCAGAGCAGCAGCUGUCCAACUACGACUACAUCUUCAGGCCCAUCUUUGCCUUUGCCAAAAUGAUCAUUAAUCCAACCGCGGAGAUGGAACUGACCAUGCCCAAACUGGACCUUCACCUGGAGGUCCAGGACAUCGCCAUAGAGAUGAACAGAGGACAGUAUCUGUCCAUGCUGGAGCUGCUGGCGUCUGUCGACUGUAUGGUGAAAAACGCCCCCUACAGGAAGUUCCGUCCAAAUGUUUCUGUUCACAAGAACUCCAAACUCUGGUGGAGGUACGCCUUCAACAGCAUCCUGGAGGUCCAUGUACGACGCCUGACCUCCAUGUGGUCCUGGUCCAACAUCUGGCGCCACAGGCAGCACCUGAAGGCCUACAAAAUGGCCUACAAGACACGACUUCUGAACCCAAGCAAGAGCAGCCAGGAAACAGAGGGACACAUACAGGAACUGGAGAAAGUUCUGGAUGUCUUCAACAUCACCCUGGCCCGACAGCAGGCGCAGAUGGAGGUGAUCAGGUCAGGACAGAAGGUGGUGGAGAAGAAAGGAGCCCCUGGGCAGAAGCAGGGGGGAGGUUUCUUUAGUGGCUGGUUUGGAAGGAAGGCUAAGAAGGAGGAGCAGGAGGAAACGAAGGAGACGCAGGGUUCAGGUUUAGAUGAAAUCAUGACGCUGGAGGAGAAGGAGAAACUCUACACUGCCAUUGGCUACAGCGGCAGCUCCCACAACCUGGCUCUGCCCAAACAUUACGUCGCUGUGGUGGUGACCUUUCAACUGCUACAGACUUCAGUGACGGUGAGAGAGAAACCAAACAUCCCAGCCAUCCUCAAGAUCCAGAUGAUUGACCUCAGCACCAAACUCUGUCAAAGACCAGGAGCCCAGGCCCUCAGAGUGGAGGCAGCGCUGCGGCACUGGUUUGUCACUGGUCUGCAGCAGGAGGGCGUGGUCCCCUCACUCAUCGCUUCAGUGGGAGACUCGUCGUCUUCGCUCCUCAACGUCCUGUUUGAGCUCAACCCUCAGGAGAGUUCUGCUGACCAACUCCUCCGAGUGCACUCACAGCCGGUGGAGAUGAUCUACGAUGCGCUGACGGUGAACAGCGUGGUGGAGUUCUUCAGGACAGGCAGAGGUGUGGAUCUGAAGGUCCUGACGUCUGCCACGCUCUCCAAACUGGAGAAGAUCAAGGAGAAAACAGCUGCAGGUUUGUCCCACAUAAUAGAGACCAGGAAAGUUCUGGACUUGAGGAUCGACCUGAAGCCGUCCUACCUCCUGGUGCCGAUGUCUGGUUUCUACAGCAGCAACGCCAACCUCAUCCUCAUCGAUUUUGGUAGUCUGCAGUUAAACAGUGUCAAACAGAGCAGUCCGGUGUCCUCCUCCUCCUCUCUGGAGGAGAUCAUGGACCGUGCAUACGAGAGGUUUGAUGUGGAGCUGAAACGAGUUCAGGUUCUCUACAGCAAGUCAGGUAAAAUGUGGAAGUCUGCUCGUCUGCAGGCUUCAUCACGGCAGCACAUUCUUCAGCCCAUGGACUUCACAGUUCAUUUGGCCAGGUGUAUGGUGGAAAAGGACUCCAGGAUGCCGAGGUUCAAGGUGGCUGGAGAACUGCCUCUGCUGCACGUGAAGAUCUCUGACAAGAAGAUACAGAACGUUUUUGAACUGGUCAACAGCAUCCCGCUGCCCAACAUGGGUUCCACGCCCUCCACUCCCACAGAAAAGGUGCGAUCGUUGGCAGAGUCCCGACCACAGGUUUGUGGCCUGUCAGCUGCUCUGCUUGGCGCCAUGGAAACAGAUUCUGAUGAAGACGUGAGCGAGAAGUCAGCAGGUGAAGAUCAUCCCGAGGAGCUCACGGACGUUCACUUCAAGUUUGAAGUUAGAGAGGUGCUGUUGGAGCUGACGCAGCAGGCGGAGCAGGAGCUGACCUUCCUGACCUUCAGCAUCUGUCAGUUGGGAGCUGAAGGAAAGAUGCGAAGCUACGACAUGUGUGUUACCUCGUACCUGGGCGGAGUCACGCUGGGCUACUGUGGAGACGGCAGGAGCACGGCGCUGCACCUCGUCAGCUCCUCACAGCAGCAGAGCUCCAACCUGCUGAAGGUGGAGUUCAUCAAGGCCGACUCCAACGGGCCAAACUUUCAGACAGUGUUCAACAACACUGAACAAAUGCUGAAGGUGGAGUUUUCCUCCCUGGACUUCCUACUCCACACUAAAGCCCUGCUCUCCACCAUAAGUUUUCUUAACAGCGCUCUCUCACCACUGCUCCACGCUGCCAGGGACCGAGACACUGCCGGAAAGGCUGUGCAGAAGACUCGAGCCAGCCGUGCAGCCUCUAAAGGCUCCAGAGAGGGCGGAGUCUUCAGCUUCAAACUCUGUGCCGUGUUGGGUUGUUUCCAUGUGGAAGUGUGCGACGACCAUCGAAGCAUUGCUGACAUCAGAGUUCAAGGAAUAGAUGCGUCAGUGCAGGUGCAGGCAAAGGAGACCAAGGUGUUCGCUCGACUCAGGGACAUCGUGGUCAAAGAUGUGAGCGUUGGAACUGUCCAUAAGGAGGCUGUGUCUAUCAUGGGUGAGGAGCUCUUCAGCUUCAAAAUGUCACUGUACCCUGGAGCAACGGAGGGAGACGGCUACGCCGACAUGUCGAAGGUGGACGGGAGAGUGAUGAUGCGUCUGGGCUGCAGCCGCAUCGUUUACCUGCACAAGUUCCUCAUGUCAAUGCUGACGUUCGUUGACCACUUCCAGACGGCAAAGGAGGCUUUGAGCGCCGCCACCACUCAGGCAGCAGAAAAGGCAGUGUCCGGCGUCCGGGACUUGGCUCAGAAGAGUUUCCGUCUCUCUCUGGACAUCAAGCUCAAGGCUCCACUCAUCAUUGUCCCACAGUCAUCUACUUCCCAGAAUGCAAUAGUUGUUGACCUGGGUCUGAUUACUGUGACAAACAGCUUCUCCCUGCUGCCGGCUGAAGGUUUACCUCUGCUGCCUGUGAUGGAGAAGAUGGACGUGAGGCUGACACAACUCAAACUGUCAAGAACCAUCCUAAAUACUGAAACCUCUCAGCAUGACGUCGAGAUCCUCCAGCCAAUAAGCUUUGAGCUGCUUGUCACCCGAAACCUGGCAGCUUCCUGGUUCACCAAAGUCCCUGCGGUCCAAGUCCACGGAGUCCUGCGCUCUCUCAAUAUGAGUCUGGGUGAGGAAGACCUGGGAGUUCUGAUGAAGACCUUCGUGGAAAACAUUGGUGAAGGAAGUAAAGAGCACAGUGUGAAUGUGAAGAGGCAGAUGGCUGAAGGGGGUGUGCAGGAGGCGGGGCAGGAGGUGGAGGUGACAUCAGCUGUGGCUCCGCCCAUCAAUGGAGAAGACACUGAAAACACUGUCAGUGUCCUGCUUACGUUUGAAAUUAAAGAGGUGAGGCUGACCUUAAAGAAACUCAGGGAGCAGCAGGAUUCUCCUUUCCUGGUCUUCCUCAUGGCUCAGCUUGGCAUCGACACCAAGGUCAGGAAGUUUGACAUGUGCGCCACCACGUACAUCAAGAGCAUCAGCAUGAUGUGCCUGGAGUUCAAAGAUCCCAGUGGUGAACCUUUAUGUCUCAUCAGCUCAUCGGUGCCAUCUGGAGCCGACCUUCUCAAAGUGCAGUAUUUCAAGGCUAACCGUUUAGCGCCAACCUUCACAACAACCUACAAAAACACGGAACAGAUGAUGAAUGUGACCUUCACAUCUCUGGACUUUAUGCUACACAUGGAAGCACUGCUUUCCACCAUUAACUUCCUGUCUGCUGCCCUGUCUGUGGAUGGUAGAGUGUCCACAGACAGAGAGAUCAAACCGAAGACUGAGGAGAAGACCGUGUCCAAGUCCUCUGCUGCUGCCUUAGCUGCCGACAGUCAGGUCAUCGACCUGAAGGUGAUGGUUACACUUGGAGCCUUCAACGUCCUUGUGUGUGACCAGAACUCCAACAUGGCCGACAUCAAGAUUCAGGGUAUCAAUGGGUUGUUGGUCAUGCAGGGGCCUCAGACCCACGUGUCUGCCCGCCUUCGGGAUCUCAUUGUUCUUAAUGUGGAUCCCAGAAGCCUUCACGAGAAGGCCAUCUCAAUCGUGGGUGAUGAGGUUUUCAGCUUUGCCAUUAGUCUGACUCCUACAGCCACAGAGGGCGCUGGUUACACUGACACGUCACAGACUGAUGGACACAUUAAGCUGAAUGUGGGCUGCAUCCAGGUGGUUUAUCUGCACAAGUUCUUUAUGUCCCUGCUGAACUUCAGCAGUAACUUCCAGAUGGCUAAAGAGGCUCUGAGCGCAGCCACGGCCCAGGCAGCAGAGAAGGCCGCAUCCAGUGUCCGAGACUUGGCUCAGAAGAGUUUCCGUCUUUCUUUGGAAACUAAGCUGAAGGCACCACUCAUCAUUGUCCCACAAUCGUCCACCUCCCAGAAUGCACUGGUGAUGGACCUGGGUCUGAUCACAGUGAGAAACAGCUUCUCGUUCCUGCCUGUAGAUGGUUGUUCGCUGCCUGCCGUCAUCGACAACAUCGAGGUGCAGCUGUCGCAGCUGAAACUGUCCAGGACCAGCACAGCUGAGAACUCUGAGGGUCUCAGCAGUGAACUGCUGGAGCCCGUCAACCUGGGUCUCAACGUCAAGAGAAAUGUUUCUGCUGCCUGGUUCAAGAAGAUCCCUGCCGUCGAGGUGGACGGAUAUCUGAAGCCUAUGAAGGUGGCGCUGAGUCAGGAGGAUCUCAAAGUCUUGCUGCAGAUCCUGAUGGAGAACCUCGGUGAGGCUGGCAGUCUACAGAACAGCGCCCCCAAACUGGAGGAGACCAGUGUGAGAGUGAAAGCAGCUGAAAGUGCCCCCGCAGACGACUUUGGAAAAACCAGUGGGACGGAAACCAAAGAGUCGGCUCAGGAGUCUGUGGAGUCGGUCAGGUUCAACUUCAACAUCGAAUCUCUGGGUCUGGUUCUGUUCAGGAGCGGUAACAAACCCCAGGUCAGUGUCAGACACCAGGAGGACCUCAGGCUCGGGGGCUUUAUGCUGCAGCAGCUAAGGACUUCAGGACAGGUUCUAAGUGGUGGUAACAUAGAGUUGACCAUGGAGCUGAUGGACUGCACCCUGGACGACCUUAGGACGGGCCUGGAGAGAGUGACAUCAAGGAUGGUCGGGCGCAGAGAUGAGGAGACGUCAGGGUCCAUGAUCGAGGUGCAGUACCGUCAGGACAGCAGUGAGCGGGAGGUGACGGCGGUCCUGCAGAAACUCUACGUCUGCGCCAGCGUAGAGUUCUUGAUGGCCGUGGCAGAGUUCUUCCUGCAAGCUGUGCCUCAGAGUUCUGCUCCAGCUGCUGCUGUGGCAACAAGUGACAGACUACCACUGAGACAAACAGCCGAACCUCGGAGUGACACCAAGACAGGAGCCCAGCUGAAGACCCGUGUGCGGGCGGUGGUGGUCGACCCUGAGGUGAUGUUUGUCGCCAGCCUGAUGAAGGCAGAUGCCCCUGCACUGGUGGCAGUUUUUCAGUCUGAAAUCACGCUGCAGCUCGAUGACGAUGGGAGCCAGAGCAUGAAGGCAGAACUGAGAGACCUCAGUGUCCUGGCAUGUCCACUCAUCAGGAACCAGAUGGACAAGGCCGUCACCACUGUCUUGAGACCCUGCUCUGUCACCUUAGAAACAAAAACCAAGCCCAACCAGCCUCUGAGCGGCUCAGUGUUGGUGGAGGAAAUCAUUGUCAAGGUGUCACCGUUCAUCAUCAACACAGUGAUGACGAUCACAGCGGCCAUGACACCAAAGCCACCUGAGGAGCAGAGUCCAGACACAGCCGGAGUGGUGAACUUGUGGUCGGUGAAGAACAUCUAUGACUGUAACUUCUGGUUCCUGGGGGUGGAACAGGCCAUGGAGAUCACCGAAAGCUACAAAGAACCUGAUGAACGCAACCGGGGCGAGAGCUUCAACGCUGAAGUCAAGGUGAUCCAGGUCACGCUGGAGUCCGGUCUGGGUCAUCAGACGGUUCCUCUGCUGCUGGCUGAGUCCUCGUUUACUGGAGCUGCCAAGAACUGGUCGUCUAUGCUGGAGGUGAAAGCCAACAUGACUUUGGAGGUGAACUACUUCAAUGAGAUUCAAGCGGUCUGGGAACCACUGAUCGAGAGGGUGGACGGUGGCAGUCGACGGUGGAAACUGGAACUGGAGAUGAAGAACAACCCAGUACAAGACAAGACUCCAGUUCACGGUGACGAGUUUGUGAUUCUGCCUGAACCCAGAACAGCCAUCAACAUCUGCUCCACAGACACCAUGAACAUCACCGUGUCGAAGUGCUGCCUUAACGUUUUCCAAAACCUGGCCAAGGCGUUCUCUGAAGGUGCUGCUUCCACCUUCAACUACUCCAUGAAGGAAAAGGCUCCGUUCACCAUCAGGAACUCUCUGGGGAUUCCACUCAUCCUGCAGCACAGUGCUACCCUCAGAAUGGUGGGGGCCCCAAUGCAGGGUAAACUCCACGAGCUGGGGGUGGAUCAGAGUGUGGACUUGGAGCACUCCUCAUUCAAGCGGCAGUUCAUGUCCAACCUGUCGGCGUUGCAGCGUCAGGAGAGCUGCCUGUUCAACCUGAGCAUCGUACCAACUGGAUACAGUGAGAUCUCUAACAUUGCCGUGGACAAACCAGGGCGUCGUCUCUAUAACGUCCGGGGGCCGAUGCUGCAGGAGGCUGUGUCUGUGCUGCUGCAGGUUGACGCCACAGACGGCAACAAGGUCGUCACGAUUCGCUCUCCUCUGCAGAUAAAGAAUCACUUCCUGGUGCCUUUCAAGGUCCUAAAGUAUUGUCCGACAUCCAGGAGUAUGCAGAGUAUUGGAAUGGCGGAGCCUGAGACAGAGUUCCACGUCUCAUUGGAAGCCUACAGGUGUCAGCUGUUCGUGUGCCCGGCUGGUGCACUGGAGGGUCAGUACAAUGUGUCCUCCACCUGCAUCUCGUGGAAGGAGCAGGUUCACCGCAGCUCUGAGGUGGCUGCAGUCCUGCAGUGCUUAGCCACAGACAGUGGCCUCCUCCCACUAGUGGUCAGCACUCUGGCCAUUCCUGAUGAGCUGCGACACAUCACCAGCCACGGAGAGGACGGUUGGGAUCCCGCCUACGUUAUCCACCUCCAUCCAAUGGUGACGCUGCGUAAUCUGAUGCCCUACACUGUUCGCUACAUGAUGGAGAGAUCCACAGACUCGUACGAUCUUUUUGAAGGGAGUACAUCAGACCUGGUCAACGCCUGUAUCUCUGGCGAGGUUUUGUCCUUGGUUCUGCUGAGGUACCAGGGACGCGACUGGCACGGACAUCUGAGUAUCAAACAGGAAUUACCAGAGUUCUUCUCUGUGUGUCUCACCUGUGAAACGGACACCAACAUGACAGUGGACGUGAACGUCCACGUGGUCAGGACCCCCAGCAAUCUGCUGCUGUCACUGUUCAGUCCCUACUGGAUCAUCAACAAGACGUCCAGGGUGCUGCAGUACCGAGCCGAGGAUGUCAGCGUCAAACACCCGGCCGACUACAGAGACGUUAUCCUCUUCUCCUUCAGGAAGAAGACUCUGUUCCGCAAGAACAAGAUCCAGUUGUCUGUCUCCACCAGCUCCUGGUCUGAUGGCUUCUCUCUUGACACCGUUGGGAGCUACGGCUGCGUCCGCUGCCCCGCCCAGAACUUGGACUUUCUGGUGGGCAUCAGCAUCGGCAUGAGCAGCUUCAAUCUGACCAGGAUCGUUACCAUGAGUCCGUUCUACACCCUGGUCAACAAAUCAUCGUAUGAGCUCGAAGUGGGCGAGGUCAGCCAGCACACAUCCGUCAGGUGGCACUACGUGGCCUCCACAGAGUGUUUGCCUCUGUGGCCAGAGAACGAGUCGGAGAGGUUGUGCGUCCGUGUGGUUGGCUCUGAUUCUGCCUCCAACUUGUUCUUCUUUAACCGCCAGGACAGCGGCACGCUGCUGAGUCUGGACAUGUGCGGUGGUAUCAUUGUGGACGUAAGCGUCUCGGAUCACUCCACCGUCGUCAGUUUCAACAACUACUACGAAGGAGCUGCCCCUGCUCUGAUGGUUAACCACACUCCUUGGGUCACCAUCAAAUACAGACAGAGCGGAUCGACAACUGUCCAUCAGCUGGACCCCGGUCAGGCCAAGAUGUUCGUAUGGGAUGAACCAACAUGCGUCAGAACUCUGACCUGGAGCUGCAUGACUCACACGGGAGAGCUGGACCUGCUGAGGGACGAUUCGGGUCAGUUCUCCUGUGAAGACUUGUCUCAAAUUCACUGGGUGUCGUUUCUGGACGGUCGCCAGCGGGUGGUGCUGUUCACUGAGGACCUUGGCGUGGUGACCAAAGCUCGGCAGGCCGAGGAGCUGGAACAGUUUGAGCAAGAAGUGAAAUUAUCUCUGCAAAACCUCGGACUGUCACUGGUCAACAACAACAGCCGACAGGAGAUCGCCUACAUCGGCAUCACCAGCUCAGGUGUUGUCUGGGAAAUGAAGCCAAAGAACCGAUGGAAGCCUCUGAGUCAGAAGAACAUUAUUCUCCUGGAGAAGACCUACCAGAAUCAGCUGAGUGGGAAGUCGGAGGGAGGCUGGGUCAAACUAGCCAGUAACCUGGAGGUCAACCUAAGUGGAGCUGUCAUGAUGAUGCGUCAGCCACAUUCCUGUCAGGUGAGGAGGAACUUCCUGUCUGGGAUCAACGUGGAGUUUAAACAGUCACCGCACCAGAAGAGCCUGAGAGCUCAGCUGCACUGGUUCCAGGUGGACAACCAGAUCCCUGGUGGCAUAUUCCCCAUCAUCUUCCAUCCAGUUCCUCCACCAAAAUCAAUCGCUCUGGAUUCAGAACCAAAGCCAUUCAUAGACCUGUCCAUCAUCACUAGGUUCAACCAGCACAGCAACGUCAUGCAGGUCAAGUACUUCAUGGCUCUGGUCCAGGAGAUGGCGGUGAAGGUUGACCAGGGUUUUCUGGGAGCCACCUUGGGUCUGUUCUCUCCUCCUACUGACCUGCAGACCAGCAGGAAGAAGUGCGGGCUGAUUGAGAAGGACCUGCAGCAGCUGCAGACUCAGCUGAUGGCAGCCUCGCUCAAUGACACGUCACAACUCAGCUUCUUUGAACACUUCCACAUUUCACCCAUCAAGCUGCACCUCAGUUUGUCUCUGGGCUCCAGCGGUGAGGACUCGGCUCAGGAAGUCGCGACCAUUCAGUCCUUCAACCUUCUGCUGAAAAGUAUCGGUGCCACACUGACAGACGUGGACGAUCUCAUCUUCAAACUGGCCUUCUUCGAGGUGAAGUACCAAUUUUACCAGAGAGACAAGUUGAUGUGGGCGGUGAUUCGACACUACUCCGAGCAGUUCCUGAGGCAGAUGUACGUUCUAGUUCUGGGUCUGGACGUCCUAGGAAAUCCUUUUGGGCUGAUCCGAGGUCUGUCUGAGGGUGUGGAGGCCUUUUUUUACGAACCUUUCCAGGGUGCCGUUCAGGGUCCUGAAGAGUUUGCUGAAGGUUUGGUGAUUGGUGUCCGCAGUCUUUUGGGUCACACUGUUGGUGGCGCUGCAGGCAUGGUGUCCAAGAUCACAGGUUCGGUGGGUAAAGGUCUUGCUGCUAUCACUAUGGACAAAGAGUACCAGCAGAAACGGAGGGAGGAGAUGAACCGGCCGCCCAAAGACUUUGGCGAAAGUCUAGCUAAAGGAGGGAAAGGUCUGCUGAAGGGUGUUGUGGGUGGAGUCACGGGCAUCGUCACCAAACCAGUGGAAGGAGCAAAGAAGGAGGGAGCAGCUGGAUUCUUCAAAGGCAUCGGUAAAGGUCUGGUGGGCGUGGUGGCCCGGCCCACGGGCGGCAUCGUAGACAUGGCGAGCAGCACGUUCCAGGGCAUCCAGAGAGUGGCAGAGUCCACGGAGGAAGUCACCAAACUGCGACCGGUUCGCCUGAUCAGGGAGGACGGGAUCAUCCGACCCUAUGACCUCUACGAGUCCCAAGGCUUCGACCUUUUCCAGAAGUCCGCAGUCAAACAGUUGGACGGUGAGGUGUUCAGGAAACACUCUCCGUAUCCUGGACACAGGAAGUCUACCAUCAUCGUCACCAACAGGAGAGUCCUGUGUGUGAAGGAGAUCGACUUUGUUAAUCACUUCAACAAAGAGUGGGAGUGUUUGUUCGACCAGUUCUACAACCCCCCCACUGUCAACGGGGCUGAGCUGAAGAUCUACUGCAAGGAGCAGCAGAAGUUAAAGCUGACGAAGAAAGACGAGGAGUCUGUGAGGAGAAUCCAGAUGGGAGACACCUUCACAGCCCAGGCCUUGCAGGCGGCCAUCUUGGAGGCUCAGGACGCACAGAAGCAGCAUCACAUGGUCAGACAGAAGUCCACUCGAUUCCUGAGGGUGGACAGCAAACAGCAUCGAUGAGGUCGCUGUCUGUCCAAUCCGACGGCCACUCUUUUCGGUUGGUGUGUGGACGGUGCUUGUUGGUAAAUUAAUUUUGAUGUUUUUGUGGGCGUUUACUGAUGAUCAAACAAUAUUUUAACAUGGCAGCAGUUUUUAUGGAUGUAUGUUUGUGUCCGUGUAGUUGGAAGAGCGAAGGAUUGUGGGUAAUUUUUUACGUGUUUAACACGGUGAUGGAAAUGAAGCCAAAAAAUGACAUUUUGCACUGAAGCAAAUUUGAAUGUUUAAAAAACUUGAAAAUUAAAUUUUUGGUAUUUACAACAAAAAUAAAAUAUCCAAUAACGAACAUAAACAUAUGUCAAAAAUGAUUUCAGUGAAUGAAACUCCUUUACUCAAGGUCCGUCACUAAACUAAACAGUGCCCCUACUGGCUGCAAUGUUGUACUACAGAGUUCCUGAACUAACCCGGCUGACUCUGAACACAUCAGUUCAGCUGAUAAACCUGGGCUAAUCCUGUCGCCACGGCCACACAACCUGAUUAUGAAUUUUGUGACAGCAGAUGGACGAUGUCCUGUCAUUGUCCAACAGGACGUGGGUCAAUCUGAGGUCAUCACCUGUCCGCGGUUCACGUGAGAACACAGAUAAUCAGGGAGGAAACGGAAAACCAAAAAUAAACAGUUUUUAUAAAAGGAGACAUGAUAAUGUGAGGAAGGCACCGGCCCUGAACGCCUCACUCUCUCUGACCAACACAGUGAAUCCUCAGCAGUUCAGUGACCUUAAUGUCGAGGCGUUCACUGACCUGUUGAGGUUUAAUUUUAUCUACUUAUUAAAGACCAAUUUUCCAUUAUUUUAGUGUUUUGAUUGGCCUCUUUUGAAAUUAUUUUUUCUUGUAUUCACCACAGUACGUGAGGCGUUCACUGACCCGUUGAGGUUUCAGCGCACUGUUAAACUACAGCCCGGUGAAUUUGAAUGAGGACUCUACAAAUGUUUUUGGUGAAUAAUUUCUGAAGGUUUCAGUGAACGUAUUACAGACGAUGGGGCGUUCACUGACCUCAGGGAUAUCUGACUGUUGUAAAAUGACAAAUGAUAAUAAUUUUCUUGGGAAAUUCCGAGCAGAAGUGAGUUCUUCCUGUUUGUUCCUGCAUCACUACGUCUUUGAAGUUCCUCAGAGCAGCAGCAGUGACAGCAGCAGUGACAGCAGCAGUGACAGCAGCAGUGCUUCUUCUCUGCUGGAGUUUCCACUCAUUAAAAACCUGGUCCUGGAUCUGAUCCUCAGUCUGUUCCAGGUCCUGGACUGAGGUCUCAGCACCAACCUGACGUCACCUGAAGAACUGAACUUCUCCAAAUUCUGUCUUUGCUCUUUAAAUCGUUAGAACGUCCUGCUGAGUAUUAUUGAUGAAAUAACUGAUCGAUUAAUUGAUCUUUGGUCUUUGAUACAGAUGAUGAGUGAAAGAUUCUGGAUCAGCUCUGGAUUUUUGAGACUCUCUGUAAGUUGGAUUUUGACACAGUUGGCGCUGAAGACGUUCAUAAUGUGGGGAAACAGUCACAGUGUGUGUGUGUGUGUGUGUGUGUGUAUGUAAUGACUUCCAGCUGCCCGAGGCCGAGGAGAGGUGGAUGUUUGAUUUCUACACAGAGACAGUCCAACACCUACAGUCCAUUUUUGUUUUAUUUUAUUUUUAAUUUCCAUCUUCUUAAUGUUGAUGUGUGUGUGUGUGUGUGAGUGUGCGUGAUUGUCAGUUCAAACCAACCAAUAACGACCUGGUCACAGAUGACAUCAUUUCACUUCCUGUUGUAUCGAUAGUUUCUGACUUUGUUUGUGUAGCAGCAAGCUUUCACCAAGGCUCGGCUAAGCUAACAUGCUAACAUGCCUAGCCUCACUUCUUUGGACUUGACCUGUAGAUGUGACUUACUUUACUGCCCCCCACCUGGGCACUUUAAAUAUUUCAUCUAGUACAAUAGGGGGUCUUAAACUAUGGUACUCAUGACAUGAUUAUUUUUAAAGGAUUUUAAGUUUAUUUAGUUUUGAGAAAGAAAAUUGGACGUGUAUUGGUGCGUUUUCUUUCUUUCAUUCAACAUGAUGUGAGAAUAUUUUCCACAUUUUAUAAUUUUAGUUGUUUUUCAACUUUUCCAAUGUUUGGUUGAACUCUAUGGUGUUGUUUUUCAGAGGUGUAGCUUUUAUUUAAUUAUAUAAUUAUUUUCAGCUGUCAAUUUUCAAAGACUUUGUUGUGAAGUUUAUUCUUUUUGGCUCAUUGUUGUGUUUUUUAUUUAUUCUUAGAAUUCAUUGAAGAUUUUUUAGGAUCUUUGAUCUUUCUUUGAUAUACAUUUAAAGUUGUUGUUGUGAGUAUUUGGUGGAGUACUCCUGAGUACUCAGUACUCGUCUGUGAUACUUCAGUGUUAUUCAGAGGAUUCAGUUUCAGUUGGGUUUUUUUUUUCUAGUUUCUUCUUUAAAAGGAAGUGAAUUUGUCAUCCGUUUAUUUUAGUCUCAAAUGUUUUUUCCUUGGUGAUUUUGUGUUUUCACAAUUUUUUUUCUUCUGAUGGAGUUUUUUUUUCCACAGUUCAGAUAAUUCUUUUGUUUCUGACAUUUUUUUCCAGUGUCUUCCAAAGUUUUUCCUCAGUUAGGAUUUAGUCCUGGUGUCCUGGUGUCCUCGGUGUUAAUGAUGUCACCUCAGGGCCCAGGUCGUUGUUCCAGCUCCACUGAAGCAGUGGAAAAAGAAGAAAAGUUCUUGAAGGAAGUAAAGUAAACACAGAGGGGGAGGAAGAGGAGGAACAGGAGGAGGAGGAGAUGAUGCAGAACAAGGGUUAACGCUGGGCCCCCAGGUCACUUCAAAAACAACGCCAUCAGAUCAUGUGACCUGAGGCGAAGAGGAAACUUCAGGAGGAGAAUGGAACAAACGACCGGUCGUAAACAGAGUCUGAGCUUGAUGAACAGAGUGGACAGUAAAGUGGUCAAACGUGGACAGACGCAGUCAAACCCGUGGGCUACAGUGCACCAUGACUGCUUGACCGUCUGCGCCCUCCAUGGUGUUUACGGCGGCUGUUUAAACCUGAUGACUGUCGGCCAGGUGAUGAGCUGCAGGCUGCACAGAGCUUGGCUCCGCCCCCUUCACCUCAACAGACAGCAGCUGUGGGAGAAUGAGCCGAGAGAGGAGAGCAGCUGCAGAGCAGAACCACAGAACCACAGUAACCCAGAACCACAGAACCCCAAAUCAGCCCAUAAACCCAGAGUGGCUGUUCUACUGUUCCCAGACCAGCUGCACAGGCCGCCGUCCCCAACGGAAGACACGACGUUUGCCAAACACGUCCUGUCUCACACACAAGUCCAAGAAGAAAAAACAACACUGGUGUCGACCUGGUGAUGACGCAGCAGCCACUGGUCCACGGCCGUCCGGCAGCCUCCACUCCUGUGACCGUCCU